GUAGUGCCUUCCAUGAGUAAAUAAUUAGUGAUUUAGUAAUUUGAGAACUGCUUUCACCAUCAUAGUGAAAGGUUUCCUCUGCUACAGUUAUUGAAAGCCAGGAUCUGGAUAAGAAGGAAGAAAGGGGGUCACAGCAGAACCCAUGCCUUCCCUGACGUUAGAUAAAGCUUCAUUCUCUUCAUGCUCAAGUACUUUCCUUGCCUGACAUACAGAGAUGUAUGCAAAUCCUCCCGGUAAAUACAUACCAGGAAGUAAAAGAAAAAAAAAAGAAUCUACAGAGCCUCAUUGAAGCAAGUUCCUUCCAGUGAGUGGCUGCAGGGGCUCUCAGACAGUGCGCUCCUCAACACUUAGGGCUUUUAUUUAUAUUAUUACUUUUAUUUUAUCAGUAUUUUCUUUGGUACUCUGGAGAAACCUCAAGACAUCGCAGGAGUGGUGGAAUCCAUAGCUUGAUUUCUUUUGUUGGCUGCUCACAGUGUUACUCUUAAGGAAUACCCAGUGAACCAAGGAUCAAGCAGAACAAAAAUAUGGGAUGUUUAGGGUCAAAAAUGAAAGACAGCGGUCCUGCGACUGGGAGUGAGAAGAUCAAUUCAGUACGUAAAUCUGAACGAGCUAUUUAUGUGCCAGACCCAACGUCCGGUAAACAGCAAAGGCCAGGUAAGGCCGGAGGUCUCUUACCUGGACAAGAACUGCAAAUGCAAGAAGAGAUUGGGAAUAUUGUGAUAGCCUUGUAUCCAUAUCAGGGGAUCCAUCAGGAUGACUUGACCUUCAAGAAAGGAGAAGAACUGAAAGUUCUUGAAGAGCACGGAGAAUGGUGGAAAGCAAAAUCUUUGUUAACGAAGAAGGAAGGAUUUAUUCCAAGCAACUACGUAGCCAAAAAGAACACAUUAGAAAAGGAAGAAUGGUUUUUCAAAGAUAUUACAAGAAAAGAUGCAGAAAGGCAACUGCUGGCUCCUGGAAAUAAUGUUGGGGCUUUCCUGAUCAGAGAGAGCGAAACAUCAAAAGGCAGCUACUCGUUGUCGAUACGAGAUUUUGACCCCCAAGCUGGUGAUAUCAUAAAGCACUACAAAAUUAGGACAUUGGACAAUGGGGGCUACUAUAUUUCUCCUAGAAUUACUUUCUCGUGUAUCAGUGAUAUGAUCAGUCACUAUCAGAAACAAGCUGACGGCCUCUGCAGGAAACUUGAAAAACCAUGUUAUAGCCCUAAACCACAAAAGCCGUGGGACAAAGAUGCCUGGGAAAUACCUAGAGAUUCCAUAAAGUUGGUGAAGAAGCUGGGAGCUGGACAGUUUGGCGAAGUUUGGAUGGGUUUCUACAAUAAUAAUACUAAGAUCGCUGUGAAGACACUGAAGCCUGGUACCAUGUCAGCACAGGCUUUCAUGGAAGAAGCAAACAUCAUGAAGACUCUUCAGCAUGACAAAUUAGUGAGGCUGUACGCUGUGGUCUCCAAAGAAGAACCGAUUUAUAUUAUCACAGAAUACAUGGCGAAGGGAAGCCUUCUGGAUUUCCUUAAGAGUGAUGAAGGGGUAAAACAAUAUCUUCCAAAGCUGAUUGAUUUCUCUGCCCAGAUAGCAGAAGGUAUGGCUUACAUAGAAAGGAAGAACUACAUCCACCGUGAUCUCCGAGCAGCUAACGUGCUAGUGUCUGAAUCUCUAAUGUGCAAAAUAGCCGACUUUGGUCUAGCCCGAGUAAUUGAAGACAAUGAAUAUACAGCAAGAGAAGGUGCUAAGUUCCCUAUAAAAUGGACAGCCCCAGAAGCUUUUAACUUUGGCUCCUUUACAAUAAAGUCAGAUGUGUGGUCGUUUGGAAUACUCCUAUAUGAAAUAAUAACCUUUGGAAAAAUUCCCUAUCCAGGGAUGAGUAACGCGGAUGUGAUGUCCGCGCUACAGCGAGGCUACCGUAUGCCUCGUAUGGAGAACUGCCCUGAAGAACUGUAUGAAAUCAUGAAAGAGUGCUGGAAGGAGAAGGCAGAGGAGCGGCCAACAUUUGAGUAUUUACAGAGUGUGCUAGAUGAUUUCUACACAGCAACAGAAGUACAAUACCAACAACAGCCCUAGAGCAUGGCUUUAUCAUCAUUG